GAUUAAAUUUUUCCUUCGUCUUUUCAAUUUUUCCUGAUUUAUUAUUUUUAUUGUAUUGUUAUAAUUUCCCUUAUAAUACCUUUACAUAAGUUAAUAUAUUUUUUUAUAAAUAAAUUAAUUACUAUGUAAUUACUAGUGUUAGAAGAGAUUACACUAUUAUUUACAACCUUGCUCCUUGAACUUGGUGGAAUUAAAAAAUAAGAACACAUAAUCGUAAACAAUGUCCGACAAACCAGUGGUUGCGAGUGGCAAUCAACCUAUUGUUAAAAUAGGUCACUAUACAUUAGGAGCUACCUUGGGAGUGGGCACAUUCGGAAAAGUGAAGAUUGGAGAACAUCAACUGACAAAGCACAAGGUCGCAGUUAAAAUUCUUAAUCGACAAAAGAUUAAAUCCUUAGAUGUUGUCGGUAAAAUUAGACGUGAAAUACAGAACCUCAAGCUAUUCAGGCAUCCCCAUAUCAUUAAAUUAUAUCAGGUGAUAUCUACACCAACAGAUAUAUUUAUGAUAAUGGAAUAUGUAUCUGGUGGUGAACUUUUUGACUACAUCGUGAAAAGAGGCAAACUUCAAGAACACGAAGCCAGACGUUUCUUCCAACAAAUCAUAUCUGGGGUAGACUACUGCCAUAGACAUAUGAUUGUUCAUAGAGACUUAAAACCUGAGAAUCUUUUGCUAGACCAUAAUAUGCAUGUCAAGAUAGCAGACUUUGGGUUAUCCAAUAUGAUGAUGGAUGGAGAAUUUUUGAGAACCUCCUGUGGAUCACCAAAUUAUGCUGCUCCUGAGGUCAUAUCAGGAAAACUGUAUGCUGGUCCUGAGGUCGACGUAUGGUCAUGUGGAGUAAUUCUAUAUGCACUACUCUGUGGAACUUUGCCAUUUGACGAUGAACAUGUACCAACAUUGUUCAGAAAAAUCAAGUCAGGAAUAUUCCCUAUACCGGAGUACUUAAAUAAAAGUGUUGUUAGUCUCUUAUGCAACAUGUUACAAGUUGACCCCAUGAAGAGGGCAACUAUUGAAGAUGUCAAAAAACAUGAGUGGUUCCAGAAAGAUCUACCUGGUUAUUUGUUCCCGUCUCCCGUGGAGCAGGUGGACAGCAGCGUUAUAGACACAGAGGCGAUCGCCGAAGUGUGCGACAAGUUCGGUGUACGCGAGAACGAAGUCCACAACGCGCUACUCAGCGGAGACCCGCACGACCAGCUCGCUAUAGCCUACCAUCUCAUCAUAGAUAACAAGAGAAUUGCAGACGAAGCCGCUAAGGCCGAAAUCAAAGAGUUCUACGUUGCCAGCAGCUCGCCGCCCGCGGACAGCGCGCGCCCGCACCCCGAGCGCAUCGCGCCGCUGCGCGACAAGUCGGCGCCCGCCGCGCAGCCGCAGCACGACAAGCAGAAGGGCACGCCCGUCAAACGAGCGAAAUGGCACUUAGGAAUCCGAUCUCAAAGCAAACCCAACGACAUCAUGCUGGAAGUAUUUCGUGCUAUGAAAGCACUCGACUACGAGUGGAAAGUCAUCAAUCCUUAUCAUGUCAGAGUUCGCACCUUGAACAAGAUGACACAAAAACACAUCAAAAUGUCUCUCCAACUGUACCAAGUCGACUACAAGUCCUACCUCCUCGACUUCAAGUCCCUAUCCGGCGAGAAGGAGGACACGGACGAGGAGGCCUCCCCCCUCGCUCCCUCCCCGUCCCCCACACUCCCUCCACCGGUUCCAACUCAGCCCCAGGGUCACCACACCAUGGAGUUCUUCGAAAUGUGUGCAGCACUCAUUAUCCAACUCGCUAGGUAAUGUUUUAGUAUGAGAUUUCGUUUUGCCUUUAACUUUCUAGUUGUUAAAGGUAUUUAGAAGUAACUUCUAGCCUGCCCAUCUAUAUUUAAUAUUAACUAGAUGCGUUAUUGGUUGUCAAAUAUGCUUUUUUUGUGUAUUAAUAAUGCACUAUUUUUAGAAAAGCCUUUAUGACGUCGAUUUGCAGACAUUUUAAAUUAGUAUUUAUAAUGUAACUUGUAAUUGCUCCUGGUCUAUACUUAAAUAAAAUAUCAAGAUAUAGUAAGAAAGUUUAAGCUAUUAUUAUUUAUGUGUUUUCUAUAAAAAUAAUGUUGAAAUCAGGAAAUAUUUAAUAAAUACAUAAAAUUUAUCCCCAAUGUUGAUAGCUUACUCAGUUUUUAUAUAUAUAUUUUGUACAAGCUACUUUGAAAACAAUAUUCAUACACAUAAGAAUGUCAUGUUUAUAAAUAAUAGUUAAUUUAACUUUAUAGAGUACUUACUCUUGUACACUAUAUCGAAAUUAUUAUAUUUACUUCAUAUUAUUCACAGGCUGUUAAAGUAUUAUGUUAGCAAUGAUUUUGUACAUCCUAUAGACGAAAAUAUAAAAAAAAACGCGAUUCAUCUUCCGUAUAAGUAUUAUUCAACGAACGCUUAUUUAUAUCUAAUAAGAAAUAAACUUCUUGCU